UCGUCGGCAUAUUGCGUGUUGAUUAAGAGUGAAGAUAAAAGAUGUCGUCGGAUUCUUCAGAUAGCAGACAGUUGUUGGCUGAUGUGCCACAGCAACAGGAAAAGGAACAGCACGAGCUGCAGGUGGUGGUCAGUCGAGGCAGUGGCACUGGCAGCGCGGACACUACGCCGAAGCUAUCCAAGCGCAACAGCUCGGAGCGGAGUUUGCCAUUGCGAAGCUAUAGCAAAUGGUCGCCCACGGAGCAGGGGGCGACACUCGUCUGGCGUGAUCUCUGCGUCUACACAAAUGUGGGCUCCGGGCGUGGCAUGAAGCGCAUCAUCAAUAACUCCACGGGCGCUGUACAACCCGGUUCGCUGAUGGCUCUGAUGGGCGCGAGUGGGUCUGGCAAGACGACGCUUAUGUCAACACUUGCCUAUAGGCAGCCAGCUGGCACUGUGGUUCAAGGUGAUAUACUGAUUAAUGGUCGCCGCGUUGGGCCCUUCAUGCAUCGCAUCAGUGGCUAUGUCUAUCAGGAUGAUCUCUUCAUUGGCGCCCUCACAGUGCUCGAGCAUCUCAACUUUAUGGCCAAUCUGCGUUUGGAUCGCCGCAUCUCGGGCGAGGAGCGUCGCCUGAUUAUCAAGGAUCUGCUGGAGCGCACUGGACUCCUCUCCACAUCCCACACUCGCAUUGGCAGCGGCGAUGACGAGAAGGUUCUCUCUGGCGGGGAACGCAAGCGUUUGGCUUUUGCCGUCGAGCUGCUCAACAACCCGGUGAUUCUGUUCUGCGACGAACCCACAACCGGUCUGGACUCGUACAGCGCUCAACAGUUGGUGGCCACACUGCAUGAGUUGGCCCAGAAGGGCACCACCAUUCUGUGCACCAUUCAUCAGCCCAGUUCACAGUUGUUUGACAACUUUAACAAUGUGAUGUUGUUGGCAGAUGGUCGUGUCGCCUUCACUGGCUCACCACAGCACGCGUUGAACUUCUUUGCGGAUCACGGCUACUACUGUCCGGAGGCGUAUAAUCCGGCGGAUUUCCUCAUUGGCGUUCUGGCCACUGAUCCGGGCUAUGAGCAGGCAUCGCAACGCUCUGCGCAGCAUUUGUGCGAUCAGUUUGCAGUCAGUUCGGCGGCCAAGCAACGGGAUAUGCUCGUCAAUCUGGAGAUACAUAUGGCCCAGUCUGGUAACUAUCCAUACGACAAGGAGCUGGAUUCAUUCCGUAGUGUGCCGUGGUACAAACGCUUCUAUAUCGUUUGGCUGCGUGCGACUUUAACUAUGCUCCGAGAUCCCACAAUACAAUGGAUGCGAUUCAUUCAAAAGAUGGCCAUCGCAUUCAUCGUUGGCGCCUGCCUUGCGGGCACAACGGAACUCACCCAAUUGGGCGUGCAGGCAGUGCAGGGCACCAUAUUCAUCAUGAUAGCGGAGAAUACAUUUCAUCCCAUGUACUCCGUGCUGAAUGUCUUUCCGCUCGGCUUUCCGCUCUUCAUGCGCGAGACUCGCUCCGGGUUGUAUUCCACGGCCCACUACUACGUGGCGAACAUAUUGGCAAUGUUGCCUGGCAUGAUUGUUGAGCCGCUGCUGUUUGUGGCCAUCACCUAUUGGAUGACCGGACUUCGAGCUGACUUGUAUGCAUUUGGCAUAACGGCCACUUGUGUGGUGCUGGUUCUGAAUGUGGCCUCAGCUUGUGGCUGCUUCUUUUCAACGGCCUUCAACUCGGUGCCGCUGGCGAUGGCGUAUGUGGUGCCACUUGAUUACAUCAUCAUGAUAACGUCGGGCAUCUUCAUCAAAAUUAGCUCACUGUCGGUGGCCUUUUCCUGGACGCAAUUUCUAUCGUGGAUGCUGUAUGCCAAUGAGGCGAUGACAAUUGCCCAAUGGUCGGGUGUGCAGAACAUCACCUGCUUUGGGGAGAGUGCUGAUUUGCCGUGCUUCCACACGGGACAGGAUGUGCUGGACAAGUACGGUUUCAACGAGGCGAAUAUCUAUCGCAAUAUGCUGGCCAUUUUGGGCAUUUACUUUGGCUUCCACCUGCUCGGAUACUAUUUCCUCUGGCGUCGAGCGCGCAAAAUGUAGUAUCCUUGUUUAGCUCCUUUUUAUUUCAAUUUAAAUGUGUGUAUCUUGUUUCGUCUGCUUCGCUCGCUGUAAAUAAAUAAUUCCUCAAUUGAAA